UGGUGAUUGGAGGACUUCCGCGAUCUGUCAUGCGGAGACUGUGCCGUCCUGCACUUCCCUUCUGCCCGCGACUGAACUGAUCCGCGCGUUUACGGGCUGCUGGAUCCGCAGCUGGGCUCAGGUUCCAAAUGAAAAUGUUUGAGAGCACUGAAUUGAGAGCCACAAGAUCUGGCCAGGACCUCUGGGCUGAAAUCUGUUCCUGUCUGCCAAAUCCUGAUCAAGAGGAUGGUGCCAACAACGCCUUCUCAGACUCCUUUGUGGAUUCUUAUCCUGCAGGCGAAGGCCAAAGUGAGGCAGCAAACUUUGCUGUGAAGCCAGCUCUAAAGCCUUGGGCUCCCUUGCAGGAUUCAGAAUUGUAUUUAGCAUCUCUAGAGAAGAAACUGAGAAAAAUCAAAGGUUUAAAUCAGGAAGUGACCUCCAAGGACAUGCUUCAAACCCUGGCCCAAGCCAAGAAGGAAUGCUGGGAUCGUUUCCUCCAGGAGAAGUUAGCAUCAGACUUCUUUGUGGAUGGACUUGAUUCUGAUGAGAGCACGUUGGAACAUUUCAAGAGGUGGCUGCAGCCAGAUAAAGUAGCCAUCAGCACGGAGGAGGUCCAGUAUCUGAUUCCUCCAGAGUCACAGGCUGGGAAGCCGGCGGCCGAGGAGGAGCCAGCAGCCGUGGAACAGUAAAUUACACACACACAGGCCAAGCAGCUGCCUCGGGUCCAGAGGGAAAGGUGGAGAGCUCCGCAGCAGCCACCAGAAAAGAUCUAAGGAGGGAAAAGCCCAAACCUCCACUCCAGAAAAACAAACAGCUGCAGGCCCCUGAGGACUGCUUGGGGCUGGCAUGUGUGACUGUUUUGGAUGAAGGGACUGACCCAGUGCAUGCUGGAUCAAAAUACUGCUUUCCUCUGUCUCACAGCGUGACUGAGCUCUGUUGCUGCAGAUUAGAAGGCUGCUAGAAAUCCAGUGAGGGACCAAGUAUGAAAGUACUUGGAGAAACUGAUGCCCUUCUUGUGUGUGAUGUAGAAGUGAGCCAUACUCUUCUUGCCUCCUCUGGGUGUUCCCUGCCUAUGUCUCAAGCAUUUCCAUAGUAAAUUGUCAGGAGUGAAUGGGGCCAAGAAGAGUGAAGCCUGCCUCCUCGCAUCCAAGCCCUGUCUGGGGCUUUUAUAACAAAUCUAUAGUAAAUAUAGAGGGAAAGAGGCUGGGCUUUUCCUUUUGUCUGAUUUAUUCCUUGAGGGGAAAACGGUGAAAGAAGUGUGAAAAUGUAGGUGUUAGUGUGUGUGUAUAUGUGUAUUUUUUGUUUUAUGCAUGAUUCCCUCUCCCACCCCCAACUUCCCUCCUGCACUUAAAAAGGGCCAGGUUCAAAAUUAGACUGAUAAAUUUGAUGUUAGUGUUUGACGCCA